AUGGACAAGGAUUUCAAGGGCCAAGGCGAAUACGAUGAAGAGAAUCGCAUCCACAAAAUUCGCUUGACACUCGUCUCCAGAGAUUUAAAGUCUAUUGAGAAAGCUUGCCGCGAUAUCAUCAAUGGCGCCAAGGAAAAGAACUUGCGUGUCACUGGCCCAGUCAGAAUGCCAGUCAAGAAACUCAAGAUUACCACCCGCAAAUCCCCCUGUGGAGAAGGUACCAACACAUGGGAUCGUUUCGAGAUGAGGAUUUACAAGCGUUUGAUCGAUCUCCACUCUUCGUCCGCUGUCGUUAAGAAGAUUACCUCCAUUCCUCUUGACCCUGGAGUCGAGGUUGAGGUCUCCAUUUAA